AUGUUUGUUGACAGUGUGGACGUGAACGUGCAUCCCAGCAAGGCAGAGGUGCUCAUUGGCAAUGAAAAUAUGUUUCUUGAAAUAUUGCAGGCAUUUGACAGGAUUUUUGAAAAUACCCUCGAAAUUAAUGAAAAUACCCUGAAUUUAGGAGCUGUCUCUAAUAUUGGAAGCUUAGCUAGUUCUUCUAAAAAUAGUCCAAGGAGUUGUAAAGUUGUUAAUGACAAGAGUAUAAGCAACCAUGAAAACACCUACAACACUGAUCAGAGUAGCGUCUUAGAUACCAGUGAUUUACUACCAAACACAAGCGCCCAUACCUCAGACGCUUCGGUCACUAAUACGAGUAUCUUCCCUAAAGCCGUCCAGUCUAGUCCCUUGAAAAUAUACUCGUCACCAUUUGUAAGAAGGUUGGAUGAAAACACUUCAAAACACCAGCAGACCUACAGAAAGUUCUCCUUAAUUUCACUAAAGUCAUUGUUGAGCGAACUCAAAGAAAUCGAUCAAUCAUUUUUCAAGUCGCUAACGUUUGUUGGGGUAUUUGCAAAUGACAUCUUUGUUCAGCAUCAAACAAAUCUUAUAAAAAUUGACAAGGAGUCUUUUCUUUUCAAUGUUUUUUACCAGAAAAUUUUGAAAGAGUUUGGAAACUUUGAGAGUAUUGAGUUGCAGCACGCGGUUGAGACUGGUAUACAUGAGGAUCUGUGGGAACUGCUGAGAGAGUACUUUGGAGUCCACAUUGAGAAUAAGCAGAUCAUUGCAGUCCCUAAAAUAUACGACAUUGUGCCUGAAGACGAAUCUGGUCUUGGCGACAACAAUGGUAGUGGUUUUGCGGGAUGCUUUGGAGAGCUAACUGUUGAAAAAACAGAUGAGGUUGGCACAAUCAAAAGCAUUGCUCAAGGUGUUGCUAAGAUCUAUGCAAAAUCCAAGGUCGACAUCAAACUUUUUAACAAGAUUAAAGCCGAAACAAUAGCAACGAUGGAAAUAAUAGACACGCUGUCUUUAAUGAGUGAUUUGAAAGAUCUCUACAAGACGUUUGACAGAUGCUAG